UGGUCUAGCAGUAAUUGGUAGUGGACUUGACUGAUGUCAUCAUCGUUAUUUCCUAAUAGUUUGUACUGUGGUGAAUGUUUAUUUAAUUAUAAAGUGCAGACAUUGGCAUAAGAUUCCAAUCUAUCCGUAUUCCUAAUUAGUGAUUUCUAUCCAAGUGCGCAGUUGUUCAAGGACAUGCGGUACAAGAUUCGUCAAUGAACACUGUGUUUAAGAUAUAGUGAGAAAGUUUUAGCAGUACCAUGUCAGGUACGGAGCAAAAUAUAGUGAACUCAAUGCAACAAUUGUCUGUUCAGCCAAGUCAUAGUGGUCAUACUGAGAAACCCACGCAGGUGGUCACUCCCGCAGUGAACAGAAGUCAGCUGUCUUCGACGCCGAAGGUUACGCCCGUCAAAGCGAACAUAGUGUCCCCUGCUAUUGCUACAAUCGACAGACUCCUGAGCCUGGGAGGAAACACCCCCCCACCCCCGCCAGUCCUCACCCGCACGUCAGACAUGGACCCCCACACGGUGGAACAGUUGCGGGCCGUCAAGGAACUGCUCACUACUCAAGAGGAAGAAGCGCAGAACCUCAGAGAUCUCAAUCGGGAAUUAAGAGAUCGUCUCGAGGAGUGUGAGACCAAAGUCAAAAAGCUCUCAGAACAAAAUGAAGAAUAUGCUGAAAAAGAAAAGGCUCUCUCGCAGCGUGUUGCGGAAAAAGUCAAAAAUAACAAACAGAUGAGUGUAGUUAUGGAGGAAUAUGAAAGAACCAUCUCGUCCCUUAUAGGGGAGCGAGAAGCUGAAGGCAAGAGAUGGACAGAGGAACGAGUCACACUAGUUCGGGAAAGGGACGAAGCUGCAUCACAUCUUGCAUCCAUGGAACACGCCUUUAAUGACGUUCACACAAAAUAUGAAAGGUGUAAAGUCAUCAUACAAGGCUACAAAGGAAAUGAAGAGGCGCUAAAAAGGUCCGUAGAGGAAAACAAUGAUGCGAUACAGAAAUUAGAAGCGAGGUAUGAGACUUUGCGUCAACAUGCCAUGCAGCAGCUAAACAAGGCCAAUGCUGAGCUCGACUCAGUCAAAAAGGCUCAUCAGGCUGAGAUAUUAAAGCUGAAUGCCAUGUUGAAGAAGAGUGAAGUACACUCGUCUUCCCUGCAGGAGUCCCUCGCACAGAAGAUCAAAGACAAUGAGGAGUUGACGGCCAUCUGUGAUGAACUCAUCAACAAGGUCGGGUAAACUUUAUCUAAAUACUUACUAAUCUUAAGUAAGCCACAUUUUCAUUUCACUAACCUGCAUUUAAUAUUGUUGCAUUUUCGACAAAUGCUUAAUUAAAUUAAUUGAAAUAAUUAAGGAAAUGCUUAACUAUAACUUUAAUGUGCGCCAGUGCUGUUACCAUUUCUUCAUUGUGUGUAAAUUGUAAAUAAUUCUCUGCAAUUAAUUGAAGUAAUGUCCCUUUAUAUUUUUGUAUAUUUUUUUAAUAAUUUUAUACUUAAGUUUUAUUUUUUUUUGACAUUGAAUAUAAAUUUCAUAAAUUCAUUUAAUUUUCGAAGCCUACUUUAUAAUUUUGUAAUUCAGUAUUGUGUUUGUAUUUCCUGUAAUUUAUUAACAUAAGUAAUGAAACUGGUAAUUUGA